UUUUGCUUUCUGAUUUUCGUUUUCCCCACGAGAAAACUCGACCCUUUUUAUUUAUUUUGCUCCUCAUUCUUUCUUUCUUAUUACAUUUUUCAUAACUCAAAUCUUCUAUUCUCUCUCUCUCUUACAAAGAGAAACCCUUUUCUCUUAUUCUCCUUAAGCACCCAGAAAAUUUUUCUUCCUAACUUGUUCUGAUUCCACCCAAAAUCCUUUCUUUUCAAACACCCUUUGCAUCCCUCUCUUCUUAUCUCCAUUAAAAAAUCCAUCUUUUUUUCUUGUUCUUGUUAUUGUCCCUCUGUUUUUUUUUUUCCCCUUUGGUUCUGAUCAACACCCAUUCUUUCUUUCUUGUGGUUCGGCAAAAAUCGAAUUCAAAGCUGAAAACUUUAGCCAAAAGGGUGAUUGAAUCUCAAUGGGGUUUUCGAAGAAGACGCAAGGAGACGCUGAAUCGGAAGCGAAGAAGUGGGUAAUUGCAGGAUUCUCUGUUCGUUCUUUGAAACCAAUAAACACGAAGGUAAAAGAGAGACACCAAGAAGAAGAGGAGGAGGUGGAGUUUGAGUUUUCGACGACACCGACGGCGAAGGAAUCGAGGAUACCGAAGAAGUUGGCGCCGCCUCCGCCGCCACGGAAGCGACGGCCUUCAAGGUGUCACAAUAGCAGCUUCAAUGGCGUUAGAGAGUUCUUCAACCCUCCUGAUUUGGAAACAGUGUUCAAGUGCAAAGUUGAGAAAGCUAAAUGAAAAUUUUCGAUGCUCAUUCAACUAACAACAACAACUACUACAAAGAUUUUACCAAAUGGUAUGAAGAAAAAAAAGUGCCACCAAUGAAGCUGAUGGAUUGAGUUUAAAAGGAGUUAUGCUAUGUUUAUUUUCCAUGUGUUUUUUGUAAUUUGGCUAUGAAAUCUGAAUGCUGAAUUUCUGUAUAGAGUGAAAAGUUGUAGUC